AUGGAUGAUCAUUCAAGAUUAGAUUUAUUCACGACCUACACUCAAAAUUCAACUCAACCCAAGAAAAAACGUAUUUAUGGUGUUCGAAAUUUAAAAUCAUUUUUAAAUUUGCCUAGUUCCAAAAAUGUGAAGGAAAACUAUGAUGAAAAUGAUGUUUUACUUUCCAUGUCAUUAAAGAAUAUUGAAAAGACUGUAAGAACAGACCUCCUCAAAAAAUUAAUGGAAAAAGAUAUAGCAGCAUUGACUGAAUUGGGGCCAUCAAGCAUUGGAACUUUGAUGAAACAAUCAAGAGAAGGAGAAGUAAUUUAUAAUACAAAUAUUGAAAGUGGGAAGUACCCAUUGACGGCUUUGGUUGUCUCUAAGGAGUUUUUGGAUAAGGUUGAAGAUUUUGUUGGUGGUUCAUUAACACAAGAAAUUAGUGACACUGUUGAUGAAUUGGAAAAAACAAUGACAAUACAAGAAAUAUAUGAUAUCGAGAAGCAUCCUAAAGAUCAUUGGGUAAAACAAAGGAUUAUUGAUAUAUCAUUCAAUUACAAUGAUAAACUGUAUUUGUUCAUCUGUAUCUAUAACAGUGCUAAAUCUGUAUGGGCCAAAAAGAAAAUAUUGAAAACUAUUGAUAUAUUAUAUAAAAACCACCCUAACGAAAUCAAAAUAAUGGUAGGUGAUUUUAAUCACGGGAACGAUGCCAACAAUAACAUGCCUAAAUCGGGUGCGGCGUACGAUGUAGUGUGGAAACUGUUUUUGGAAACAGCAAACUGUUUAGACAUUGGCAAGAAAUUUGAUAAUUGGUUUCCUACCAAUUUCCAUGGUACAACCUCCAGAGAUAUAGAUAAAGUUAUUGUUGAAAAUCAUUUUUAUCAAAAUCUAGUAUCAAUUGAUUUAAGUUUUGAUGAUUGGGGAUCACAUGCCGCCAUAAAUGCGGUAUUUGCUGAUAAUGCAAUUGAGGAAGAGUUCACAAUGUCUAGUGUUAACCAUGAAUCCAUACAAUAUCUCAAACCAAAAGGCCACUCAGCAUUAAUCAAGAAGCGACUUGUAAGAAUGGAAUCAAUUAAACAAGUCUUAGUGAAAAAAAAAAUGUCCUUAAAGCUUUUAGUUUGA